AGCCAUCAUAAAACCCACACAGGGGAGAAGCCACAUCAAUGCAUCGACUGUGGAAGAUUUUAUAGUAGCUCAUCAGCCCUUAGAAGUCAUGUGAAAAUUCACACAGGGGAAAAAAACUACAAAUGUUUGGACUGUGGCAGAACAUUUGCUCAUUCAGGUUCCUUAAGAAGUCACAGCCGAAUCCAUACAGGAGAGAAACCUCACAAAUGUUCAAAGUGCAGUCAGUGUUUUGCUCGGAAAGAUACUCUUGUGAAGCAUCAGCGAAUCCACACUGGAGAAAAACCAUAUAAAUGCCAGGAGUGUGGGAAAUGUUUUGCCCAUCCUUCAACCCUUCGCAUGCACACGCGAAAUCACGCAGGAGAGUAGGCUUACAAGUGCACUAAGUGAGAAACAUUUUCCUAGUAAAUGAAAGCUAGAAAAGCACCAGAAAGUCCAUAGCAGACAUAAAUCUCUUCAGCUGUGAACAAUGUUGGAAAGCCUUUUUUUUGUCCAACAUUCACAUUUUAAUGUUUACCAGGAAUUUUGCACAGUGACAGAAGGAAAUCGUACAAUUGUUUGGUUUGAGUAAAAUGUUUUUCCUACUGAAGAAACCUCAAAUAACACCAGGGAGUACACAAUGAGGCAAAAGGGUGUAAAUGUUGGAAUUGUGAGAAUAUCUUACUUGCAAAGUCGCAUUAGUAACUUGAUUACAAAAAAAGAGUUAUAAGUAUGUCUGGAGUACAUACAAUGUUUUGCAGAGUGCAGGAAGUCCUGGACUUGGGACUACAGGUUGGAAUGGAUUUCUUUGAUAAGUUCCUUCAGUCCUAAGUCAAGGAACCAGGUAUUUAUCUUAAUGUUUACUAGAUUUUGUUGAUCCAUGAGGAGAACUGAAAAGUUAGAGAGGAGAAAAUGGGGUGAAGAGUGGAAUGAAUGUGGUUGUUUAUUUAGUGAUAAAAGUUUUGAUGUUGAAUCUGCUGGCUGAGGAUGAGGAGGGAAAAGUUUCUUUUUCUUAUUACCUUUUUGGAGGAUUCCCCCACCCUUAUUUUCAUUGUCUUUUUCAUAUAUUCACUUUCUUUCUAUGCAUUUAAUCCUUAAUAA